GGAUUUGAGUCCACUCCUACUCAUUUUGUCACUUCUCACCCCUGUAAGGUUCUGGUCUCCUCGUGGCAGGUACAGUGGGAGGCUCGAAAUCCAGCUGUGGGUCCUCGCAUCUCAAGUCUCACUUCCAUGAUCCACCUACCUGCUCUGCCGAUGCCAUCGAGUCUCGCACUGCAAUCCCCUACCAGCCUCGUCUUGUGCUCUAUCGCGGCAAGGUACUUGAGGUUCGACAAUGCCCCGAUGAUCCGCCUAUACCGCAGAUCAUUUCAUAAUCUCUCCAUCUCCAUUCGUUUCCCGGGGCAUGCGUCUGCCGACUUGGACUCGGAUCCCACUUCCCAAGCUGCAGCCGCACAAUUCAAAUUGAGGCUCUACAAGCUCGGGCCCGUCUCGGGUCAACUGGUUCCAAUCUGCCCACUUUUAAAAUGUACCCGGCUGCCGUUUCGAGGGUAACAGACUUGCUCUGCUCUUCCCUGGCGAGAUGUCCUCCAAUACGAUGGACCCAACGUAUGGCGCAAUGCUCAUCGGUGUCUUGUUUGCCAUCUUCUUCCAAGGCGUGCUUACCGUCCAGACGUAUAUCUACUAUGAAAGCUUCCCGGAGGAUGGUAUCGGACUGAAGACUUUGGUCGGUGGAGUGUGGCUCCUAGACGUCACCCACCUGGUGCUCAUAUCCCAAUCCUGCUACCACUAUCUGGUCGCUAGCUGGGGUGACAACGCGGCCUUGCUCGUCUCGACCCAGGUCCUGGACCUGCAUCUGGUCUUUGUCGGGCUCGCAUGUGCGGUCUGCCAGGGGUUCUUCUUGUCCCGCAUCUGGACGUUCAGCAACAAGAACUGGGCACUCGUCGCCGUCCUCGGUGCGGCGUGCCUCGCGACCUUCGCUCUCGAAGCGGCCAUGUCGGCGCAAAUCAGCCGCAUCCCGAGCGUCACGGCGUUCUCGAACUACUCGGGUGAGGUCUUGGCUGUAUUCGGGCUUGCCGCUGCGGUCGAUGUGGCGAUUGCGAGCAUCUUGGUGUGGUAUCUGCGAGUCCAGGGCAGAGAUAGCAACUUCGUCAGGACGAACUUUGUCCUUGCGCGAGUCGUGCAAUACACCGUCGCUACUGGAUUGGCUACCAGCUUGCUUGCGGUCGCGUGUUUCGCGGUGUAUGUCACGACAUCGCAUACGUUCAUCUUCAUCGCACGUCCUCUUCCUCGCCUCAUGUGAUCCCAUCGCAUCUUAUCUUAUCAGACAGGCCAUGCACUUCUCGAUGGGUCGAAUGUACACUAAUGCACUGCUCGCAACGUAUGGCGCUUCGAUAUCGCAUCAGCAUAUGCUUAUCCUUUCUACAGUCUCAACUCCCGGCGCAAUCUACGCAAAGCGCUCAGCGAUGAUCCAGCCACGGGAUUAGGCACAGGGCCGGGACCCUGUUCUUUCAUCGCCGGUUUUCAGAAUUCAUCUUCCUCUUCCUCUGAUCAGGCUUCGCCGUCGAUGCAAACUCGCUCAUCGUUCCUCGGAACGGGAUCUGAGAAGUGAUUUUAGUCUAAUGAUUAUACCAUCUCGUGUGGGGAUCCCUUUCGUUGGUAUAUGAUUUACAAACGUAAAUUCAUAAGGCUUCGUCGGCGGCUGUGGACCCCAAU